CUAACUCACUCCGUUUAAAUUUAGAAUUUGGCCCAGUAUAGAUCAAAACAGUGUCUGUUCUCUUUGUGUUUAUUGUUUGAUGUAAGGACAAUUUCCAGAGAGGUAUAAUGACAUAGGAAUGAACUUAUCUUUAUUGUGUUGCUGGAGCAGAGCCAUGCACAAUAUAAAUCCUGAAGGUCAGUAUAUGAACGCCAAUGGAGGGCAUAACGAAAAAGUCUGUAUUUUGGAUGCGGGUGCCCAAUAUGGAAAGGUUAUAGACAGAAAAGUAAGAGAACUAAAUGUGGAAUCUGACAUUUUAACUCUGGAUACGCCAGCUUUUAACAUCAAAGAAGCUGGCUACAGAGCCAUCAUUAUAUCAGGAGGUCCCAGUUCUGUGUACGCCGAAGAUGCGCCCAGAUACGACGCGGACAUAUUUAGAAUAGGUAUUCCAGUUUUAGGCAUUUGUUAUGGUAUGCAAAUGAUGAACAAAGAAUUUGGCGGUACUGUUUUGAGGAAAGAGAGUAGAGAAGAUGGACAGUUUUCAAUAGAAAUUAAUACAAAAUGUUUAUUGUUUAAAUCUUUAGAUAAAAAUCAAGAUGUCUUACUGACUCACGGAGAUUCUAUAGAAAAAGUAGCUGAUAGUUUUAAGCCAAUAGCACAAUCACAGGCUUUUAUAGCAGGCAUUAGUAACGAAAAAUUAAAUUUAUACGGUGUACAGUUUCAUCCAGAAGUGGAUCUUACUGUUAAUGGCAAAACAAUGUUGAGGAAUUUUUUGUUUGAUAUUUGCGGCCUUACUGGCAACUUUACCAUUCAGGGCAGAGAAGAGCAAUGCAUCAAGUAUAUUAAAGACACAGUUGGGAAUAAUAAGGUUCUUUUGUUGGUAAGUGGUGGCGUGGAUAGUACUGUUUGCGCGGCAUUAUUUCACAAAGCCCUCAGACAGGACCAAGUGAUUGCCAUACACAUUGAUAAUGGUUUUAUGAGGAAAAAUGAAAGUGUGAAGGUGCAUGAUUCACUACAGAAGUUGGGGCUCAAUUUGAGAGUAAUAAAAGCGGCGGCUACGUUUUUGGAGGGUAACACUGUGGUUCCUAUAGAUAAAGAAGGUAACACUAGAACGCGUGUAACCAAAAUAUUAUGUAACACAAACAAUCCAGAAGAAAAACGAAAAAUCAUAGGUGACAUUUUUGUUAAAAUAUCAGACGAAAUUAUAGCGGACCUCAAAUUGAAACCAGAAGAAGUUUUAUUAGGUCAAGGAACGUUAAGGCCGGAUUUAAUAGAAUCAGCAUCCGCUUUAGCUUCCGGACAAGCAGAUACAAUUAAGACACAUCAUAACGAUUCUGGCUUGAUUAGGAAAUUGAGAGAUGAAGGCAGAGUGGUCGAACCUUUAAAGGAUUUCCAUAAAGAUGAAGUUCGAGCAAUAGGUAGGGACUUAGGGUUGCCUCAAGAAUUAGUAAUGAGACAUCCAUUUCCUGGUCCUGGGCUGGCGAUUCGCGUUUUGUGCGCGGAAGAGCCCUACAUGGAAAGGGACUAUUCGGAAACGCAAGUUUUGGUCAAAAUCUUAGUUGAAUUUGAACAAAUGUUGCAGAAAAAACAUGCGCUGCUCAAUAGAGUUGAAGCUGUCACCACUGAGGAAGAAAGACUGGCCCUAAGACGGAUAUCAAACAAACAACGUUUAGCAGCUACACUGUUGCCAAUUCGCACCGUUGGCGUACAAGGCGACCGAAGAACUUACUCUUACGCAGUGGGCGUGUCCAGUGAACACGAUCCCGAUUGGUCGGACAUCGCUUUCUUGGCCAGACUUAUGCCGCGCGUUUGUCGAAACGUUAACCGUGUAUGUUAUAUAUUCGGGGGUGUGGUCAAAGAGACCUUACCGGACGUCACGCCCACUUAUUUGACCAGCAACGUGCUGGCAACGUUGAGACAGUGUGACGAUGUAGCUAUGACGGUAUUGCAAAAUUCUGGCCAUAUGGCCUCAGUGAGUCAGAUGGCUGUGAUUUUGAUUCCGUUGCACUUUGAUCGAGAUCAGGCUCUUAGGAUACCUUCAUGUCAGCGCUCAGUUGUUAUUCGGCCAUUUUGUACACAAGAUUUUAUGACUGGUACCGCAGCUUUGCCUGGAAAAGACAUACCAAUAGAAGUUGUACAAAAAAUGGUUCAAGAAGUAGAAAAAGUGCCAGGUAUCUCAAGAGUUCUCUAUGAUCUGACUUCGAAACCACCUGGAACAACUGAGUGGGAAUGAUUGUUGAUUCUACAGAAAACUAUUAUUAAUUUUUGCGUCAUUUAAUUCUAAUAAUAAUUGGCUAAAAAAAGAGAGCUACCUCUCUAGGUUUUAUUUCAAUUUGCCCAGUGACUUCUGACACGCCUUAAGUUUACCCUGUUAUUGGUUCAAAAGCAAAAUAGAUUUUUUUUUUAUAUAUAUGUUUCAAUUAUUAUUGUUUUGUGCAGCAAGUCAAUAGAGGACUACUUAUAAAUAUGUAUGGUAAAAUCCAAAAACUCUAAUAUAAUUUUGUUAUUUAUCGAUUUAUGGAAAAACGAAUUAAAUUUGUGCAUUUUUUUGUUAUAUUUAUUAUGAAAAUAAUUUCUGAUUAAUGGAAUCAUGAAAAACUGAUUCCGGUUCAAAAGCCACAGAUGAAAAAUUAUCGCUCCUUUUAAUUUUUUUUCAUUUAUCACACCUCACCUGGAUUGAUUGAUAUUAAAAUUGGCAGACAACUGUCGAUUGUUUUGUAGCAUUUGAAAAGUGCAGUUUAUGUUGAGUGUUGUAAAAGACAUUUUACAGUUUAGAUAUUUUUGUUUAUUGCCCGAUUAUUGCAAUCAAUUAAUAUAAGUGAAAUAGUUUUUAUUUUAUUUAUUGUAAGUUAUUUUAGGGGAAAAAUUAUCAGUACAUUUUAGUUGAACAUCAAGCUUGCACAAUUUGUAUAAUGUUUGUCAUUUAAUUUGUCACAGAAAAUGUAAUAUUUUGAAUGGCUAGAGUCGCUAGGGAUAUUCAGUGAAAUUAAUUAAAAUAUUGUACUACUAAUUUUUCUCUUAGCAUAGUAUCAGUUGUGUCUCUUGAAAUUCAAAUGCUGAUUUGGUAAAAAAAAAACUGUUAUGUUAUCUUUCUUUUUUUGUUUAAUAUAGCAAGAAAUUAUUUUGAA